UCGGCCUGCUCGGCUACAUAACAGUGGUCGAGUGAAUGAUCUAGCAGGCAGUCACAGCCCGGACGCGAUACAACGACGCGACGACCCUACGACGCCGACCUCGUCUACGACGCGCCCAGCACGCCAACUUGAACUUGAACUUGGACGAGUACCCGGCGGCAGCAGCAGCAUGGCUCAGGUGAAGCUGGUCCUGGUGGCGCUGGCGGCGCUGCUGGCCGUGUCGCUGGCCGUGCCCGCCAAGUACCGCCGCGACGACGGCCACGCCGUCUCCGACUCCAGCUCCGACUCGAGCGACUCCAGCGACUCCAGCAGCAGCGAGUCCGGCGAGGAGCACAACCGCAAGCGGCAGCCGGCCCGCAACGUGCCCGUCAGCAAUCCCCAGGACCCGCAGGACCAGCAGGAGGAGCAGUACGCCGGCCUGGCCAUGGGCAACGCCAUCCCCUUCGAGCCCAAGGAGAGCGAGGUGGUGCCGCCCUACCCCAAGCCCGUGCGGAGGAGCCACGCCGACAAGGGAGCCGUCUUGGACCAGAAGAUGGAGCCCGGCCAGCCGUGGGAGAGCCACUACAAGCACGGCGUGGCCCCGGCCAAGCUGCCCGCCCAGGAGACCGACAACGCCCACAGCUACAGGCACUCCAUCAUCCACCCCUACGGCGACGACCUGCACGCCUAGGGCCGCCUGGGGCCGACCGCGUGGCGCGCCACGCCGGAAAGGACAUCAAGUACAUCACCGCUAACGUCCCCGUCGUCCCCCGGGGCCGAGCCCGGGGCCGAUAGCGGACGUGACGUCAUCCUGUGGGGUGAUGCAGCAGCCAAAGACAAGCCUCCUUCGGCCCAACGAGCACCCACACUGUUUGAUUGGAGAGAGGCGUUACCAUCCCAUAAAAUAUACACAUCAAACUAGUUUAAUUCAUUCUCCCAUAUCUGUCACAAAUUUUGAUGUAGCUUAAGUAGUGAAUAAAUCAUAAAUUAAU